AUGGCCUCCUUCCAAGUCUUCUUGUCCACCUUCUUCAUCUUCUUCGUCCUUCCUCACAUAACUUCAAGCGCCAUAAUUUGCAAAACUUCGUCUUGUGGUGGCAGGGAAAACCUGCUCGUCAACUUCCCUUUCCGUCUGAAAGACAUGAAACUGACCAAUCGUGCGGCUAUCCGGGAUUCGAUCUCUCAUGCAACAACCAAAGCCAGGCAAUCCUUACUCUCCCUUAUUCCGGUGACGUCGUUGUCGAACACAUCGACUACAACAAGCAAGCAAGCAAUAUAUAUCGACGACCCAGAUCACUGCUUUGCUAGACGCUUCCUGCAGAACUUCACUCUCUCGGGCUCUCCUUUCCAAUUUGCAGCUGUCGGAAACUUCACCUUCCUCAACUGCUCGGCCAACAAGACAACGGUGUACGAGUACGGGUAUGGGCGGGUCAUUCCUUGCGUUAGCGGCAAUGACUAUAACAUGAAUACAGAAAACCUUUGGGCUUGGGGGGCCAUUAGACAUGCCCCAAGCUUCUUAGUGGCUCUGUCAUUGCUGAUAAGUCCUAUAACUAGUCUCUUAUAA